AUGCCUGCCGUCAAUGCCUCAUCAUUGAAAUCAGGAGAGAACGAUACUCUACCUCUAGCCAACACAGGCAGUCUUGAAGGAUUUAUUAAAUACCUGGGUAUACUGGCCUCAAGCCCUGAAUCUCAGUUUGCAGCUACCGUGCUUGGCGAGAUCACGAAACAGCGCGAGCAGAUUCAGUCUCAAGAUGAAGAGUUGAAGGAAAACAAAAUCACCAUCAAUGGAAUGUUCAAAGCUAACCAGGAUGAAAAAUUAAAACAGCAAGAUUCUGCUUCCCAAAUUGAAUCCCUUCGUGCUACUGUUCACGAGAAGGAAAUCGAAGUUGCUGAAUAUUCGAGGAAGUUGGAAUCUCUACAACAAGAGAUAGUCAAUCUAAAAGCAAGUUGCUCCCAGGAGGCCGCGAAGGCCUCACAGUCUGUUAAAGACAUCACUACAUUACAGAACAAUUUGAAAGAAAAAGACAAGACGAUAGAUCAGAUGAAGACAACGGGAUUGAAGUUGAAAUCAACGUUAUCUACCGAGCAGAAAAAGAGCAAAGAGCUGGAAGCUGCCAAUGCCUCGAUGAGAACAGAGCUGCAGGCAAUCCGGGACCGUAUUCAGAAUAUGGAAGACUUCACAGUCCAAUAUCCGGACAUUGACGAUGACUUUGUGACAGCGGAGUUUAAAAACCUCUGGACCUCUGCUACAAACGAACUAUUCCCUAUCAUAGAGCAGGAUGUUCCCGAAAAUAUUCUCAAGCCCAGCUAUUUCCUGUCAGAGGGCAACAAUCUUCGUGAAACCCUCGAGGAUCUUGCAGGUAGCAAUGGCGAGAAGGAAGCGUUUUUCCGUCGCAUGCUUCUCUCUAUUAACCCAGAUGCUGAACGCAACGCUCUUAACACUGAGAUUCGAGCUGUAGUCCAGAAAAUGCUCUCUUAUGCGGGUGGCCUCUUUCCAGAGUCGCAGCUUGACUUGUUCUGUACUAAAAUAAAAAAAAUAGCCCAGAGCGCGGCCGAGGCUUGGCUCCCAAUGCAGCGCUCGCGACAAAAGUUUGCGACAGACUUCGAACCUUUUGAUCCCGAAUACAGUGAAUGGGAUCGUUUCCCUUUUGCCGGUGAAGAUAAAAAACUGGUAGCACCGGAUCUUCAGGGCCUUUAUAUUCUCAAUGUCUUCCCAUGCAUUUCCUGGUUGGAGGAUGACGACUAUGACCCACUGACCAAGGUUAUACAACUCCGCAGCUCUCAGACACUUUAUUUGGCAGCGCAGCAGGAAGCUGCCCAAAUAGCAAGCUGUGUCCCCGCCAGGAGGUCUUCGAAUCGUCCCAGGAGGCAAUCGACUGCAGGUUCGAAUGGGAAUCAUUUUUUAGGUGGAAGUUCGGCCAAGGUCUGA